CUGACUCUCUGCCUUUCAAUUUGUUGGUGUUUUCGUUCACGAUUUUUUCAUGUCUUUUUCGGUUUUUGGCCAAGUCCAAGUUUAACAGCGCUCGACGCGCCAGAAUCAAGUUCAGUUGCGCCGCAAACGCGUCGCGGAAAUGUUUCGCUGCUGCUGCUGCAGGCCGUCCCACAGAAAUCGAAAACUAAAUUGAAAUUGAAAUUGAAAUUUAAAGCCAUCGAACGAACGCGCCGCCGUCCCUCGAAAAUCCCGCAUCCUUGUCCCAGCAAAAAAAACCGAUACAGCGAAACGGGAAUCUAGCCCGUUAAGUUUUUCACCUCUCCCAACCGUUCUCAGUUGGCGCCAUGAGGGAGGUCGUGGUGGUGCUGCUCCUUUGGCUGGGUGCGGCGGUGCCACCCACUUCUGGAUCGGCGGUCCUCAUCUCCGACAUGACCAUGAGCGUUAUGGUGGAGCUGUCCUCCCGCCACCCCUUCUGCAAGAUGCACACAGAUCGCGGCGAUAUCCAGCGGAUGCUGCUGCAAUCGGACCCGCGUCGCAUCCGUCAGGUGCCGCGGGAAUCGGUGAUGGAGCUGGAGGAGGUGUGUCGCCGCCAGGGCUCCUAUGGCCACGAGUUCCGCGGCGGCCUCGGCUUCAUCUAUCCCGGCACCAAGUGGUGUGGUCCGGGCACGGCGGCCACCAGCUACGAUGACCUGGGUGCGCAUGCGCGCGAGGAUCGCUGCUGUCGGGAGCACGACAUGUGCCCGGAUGUGCUGAAUGUGGGCGAGUGCCGGCGGGGUCUGUGCAACCGCGGGACCUUCACGCGGAGCCACUGCGAUUGCGAUGCCCGGUUCCGGCGGUGUUUGCAGGCGGCGAAUACGGAGACGGCCAAUACGCUGGGCGCCAUCUUCUACAAUGUGGUGCAGGUGACGUGCUUCCAGGAGCGGAGUCCCUGCUCGGCGCACCAGAGGUUCGAGGACUUCUACUACCGCACCGACCACUGUCCGGCGGAGUUCCGGCAGGCGGAUCUCUACGUGCCGCCGCACGGGGACAAUCUGAUAGCCAAGAUCCUGGCCCAUCCGCAGGGCCGGGCCCUGGCCGCUCCGGCCUCGGCCUCCGCCUGGUCGAGUCCCGCCAAGACGACGGCCCGCCGCUGGGGCGUUAAGCUGGCCAGCGUCGGCCUGGCGGCGGUCAACAUCCUGCGGGAGGUGGUGCAGCGGCCCCGACUCCUCUGGGACAGCCUGCAGGCGCCGGUGAACAGGGAGCUGCCACCCUCCAGAUACCAGGAUCGGGGCUACCACUACGAGCGGCCCGGGCCUCCGUCCUACGGAUACGGUGGCCACUACAGUGGUCGCGGCUACGGGGGCUUCGAUUCCCCUUGGAGCUAGUGGCAAGAGUGGCGAAUGCCCCCAAGACUGUUCCCCGCCCGGGUGGGUCGAUUCCGGUGGUUUCUUAAAGUACUUAACGGUCGGAGAGUAACCCAAAUAAUAUUGUAGGUUAUGUGGUCCCAGUAACUGCAGGUUAAAGUUGAAAGAAAAUUUUAAUUAAGGGUUGCCUUGCUUAUUACCAAGUUACUAGCUUUAUAGGGUUCCGAGUUGAAGAAAUAUGUGGGCUUAUAAGAAGUUAAAAAUGCAAAAAUGUUUUAAAAAUGGGGGAAAAUUUUAACUCAGGGUUGUUUUGUUUUAUAUCAAGUUUCUAGGGCCUAAACGUUUUUUAUUCAGAGUAAAGUGUGGGUUUGUAAGAAGAGUUGCCUUGUUUAUUAUAAAGUUUCUAGGGUUAUUGGGUUAAUUCAAAAAUGUUUUCUAAAUAUGAAAGAAAAAUUUAACUCAGGGUUAUAUUGCAUUAUAUCAAGUUUCUAGGCUGUAUUCGAAGUGAAAUUUGAAUUUAUAUUAACUGAAAACAACGGAGCUCGUUAAAAUCAGAUUAUUUUUGAUGGGAACGUCUUUGCCAAAGAAAAACGCACUACAACUAAAUUACAUUAACCACAUAUCGCCACUUUUUACCAGAUGCUCUCAGGACAAAGAACGUGAUUCUCAAGCUAAUCACGCAAAAGUUGUCGUUUUUUAUCCAGCUUUAUAUUCAGUUAAAGUUUCUUUAUAAAAGGUGUUUGUUAUUCUGGGAAAGUUUCAUUAUCAGGGUCCUACCAUCUUCGCGUGAAACGAGAAUAAAUUAAGUGCUAUAAAUGGGUUUUUUCGCCAGACUGCCUUUGUGAGAAAUUGAGUGAUAUAGGAUUUUAAGGGGACUACAAUUUGUGGUAAACCAGGGGUUAAAAUGGGCAUCAUAUCAGGUUUUUUUUUUACAAAGUUAUAAGAUUGAAAAUGUAUAAAGUACACUUUCUAAUGAGUUAUAAAUGAGGGAUUAUAGCCCCUGCCAUUUGGAAUUUUAGAUCAUAACACUCAUAGGCUACUCUCCAGCCUGUUAACUAUUUAGUGGGCCCAAAAAUCGACUCACCCUACUGCGCCCGUCUAGUAUUAGUAGUCAUAAGUUGCAGUCUCGGCUCCCUUAGGGAGCCCUAGUCCUAGCCACUUAGCUGCAUGUGCGAUUGCCAUUAGUGUUGUGCAUGUCCCGUGUUCCCCAGUUCACACAGUUCACCCACAGCCAUGCUGUACAAUAAAAGAUUCACCAGAAACAUUCGUUCCCUUUCCGGUUGUUCGAUGC